AUGGCCUCUAUUCGCGUUCUUUCCUUCGAUGCUGAGGGCCGUCCCGUGCAGUUCACUUCCUGGCUCGACGACCUGCAGUUGUAUCUUAUGAGCAAUAGCACGGACCACAUCUCCCUCUAUGACUACGCGUCUGGUGCUGCCGCUGCUCCUGCUGCCACAGCCGAGCUUAGUGUACGUUCACAGUGGCAGACUCGUGACGCUGCAGCUCGCCUGGCUAUUCGCAGUCACCUGCCGUUAGCUGAGCUAGAGCACUUUGGCGACUGCAAAACCGCUAAAGCCCUAUACGACGCUGUCGUUGCUCGCUACUCCUCACCUGCCACAGCCGAGCUUAGCCGUCUCAUGCUGCCUUACCUGUUCCCUGACCUGUCCACCUUUGCUACAGUCGCCGAUCUUAUCACCCACCUUCGCACUAGUGAUGCUCGCCUGCGUGCCGCCCUUCCCACCGAGUUCUGCGCUAAGAACCCCCCUCCCCUGUACUGGGCACUCCACUUCAUAGUCACCCGUCUCCCUGACACCCUCAGCUCAGUGCGCGACUAUUUCCUUGCUCGCUGUCCCACUGAGCUCACUGUCGCCCUCCUAGAGGAGAAGCUGCUAGCAGCCGAGAAGAGCAUUGUAGCUGUAGGUGCUGCUCGCGGCGCUCCUCGCACCCCCAUCUUUGAGGGGUGUUCUCCCUCUCCCCUCGCUCCCUCCUACGCUACUGCUGCUGCUGUUGACUUCCUUGGUGCUGAGUCUGCUGGCGCUGCUUCUGCUCCUGGUGGGAGGCGCCGCACCGGCAAGGGCAAGGGGGGCAAGGGUGGCGGGGGUGGCGCUGGGGGGGGAGGGGGUGGGGGAGGUGGGGGGGGAGGCGGUGCUGGAGGGAGCGGUGGCGGGAGUGCCGGUGGGAGUGGGGCCGGCGGCGGAGGCGGGGGCGGCGGCGGGAGCAGUGGCGGUGGUGGCAGCGGCGGCAGUGGCGGCGGUGGCGGUAGUGGCGGUGGCGGUGGCGGUGGUGGCGGUCGGAGCGGAGGUAGUGGCGGCGGUGGAGGUCGGAGUGGAGGCACCGGCUCGGGCCAGAGCUCCCAGCAGCAGCAGCGUCCCCAGUCGACCCAGCAGCUUCGUGAGUGGCUUGCUCAGCGUGGGACGUCGGGGGGCAGUGGCCGCUGUUCCUAUGUCAUUCGCACAGGUGAUCGCAAGGGGCAGACGUGUGGAAAGUUCCACACUCAGUACCGCUGCUUCUUCCGCCUUGACGACGCUUGGCGUGAGGAGAUGGGCGAGGAUGUUGAGCGCCCUCGCUGGGCUGAGCUGAUGAGGGCUGGUGUUGAUAUCUUUGCUCUUGACUAUGAUGCUAUUAUUGCUGCCAUGUAUGCAUUGACUGUUAGUGCCGAGGGAGACUGUUACUUGUGUGUGCCGCCUGACCCAGGUAUAGGGCCCGCUGCCCUAGUCCUUGCCCAGUCCACCACUGUGCUCCCUUGUCCGGCGGUUCCGUCUGGCUCGUUGACGGGUUUCCACCUCCCCUCGUUCUCGACGAACCUGGUGAGCAACGCUGUCAUCCAGGAUCAGUGGGUUGACACCUUUACCCCUGGAGGACAGCGUGUGGCGAUCUGCACGUGCUCCAGGACCGGCCAUCACCUGGCUACGUUUACUCGUCGGCCGGGGUCGAGUCUCUACACACUGACCACUGCGUCUCCUCAGGUCGCUGCUGUUGGUCAGGUGUCCGCGUCAGGUCUGGUGGCCCACGCCUGUGAGUGUCGUUCCCUGUCGCACCAGACUCUUCUCUGGCACCACCGCCUGGGUCACCCCUCCUUGCCACGCCUCCGUGGCAUGCACCGUCGCCGCCUUGUGUCUGGUCUUCCCAGGUCCCUCCCUCCUCUCCCUUCCUCGCCUGCGCCGCCUUGCCUUCCUUGUGUCGAGGGGCGGCAGCGCGCCGCUCCUCACUCCUCCUCGUUCCCCCCGACAGGGGCUCCUCUGCAGACCCUCCACCUGGACGUGUGGGGCCCAGCCCGCGUUCGUGGCCAGGGCGGUGAGCGGUACUUUUUGCUGGUUGUCGACGACUACUCGCGUUACACCACGGUCUUCCCCUUGCGCACCAAGGGUGAGGUCCCUGCUGUUCUGAUCCCUUGGAUCCGCACAGUUCGUCUCCAGCUCCGCCGCCGUUUCCGGACGGAUCUUCCUGUCCUGCGUCUGCACUCUGACAGAUGUGGUGAGUUUUCCUCCGAUCUCCUGAGGACCUUCUGUCAGGCAGAGGGCAUCGAGCAGACCUUCACGCUUCCGGACUCCCCACAGCAGAAUGGGGUUGCUGAGCGCCGCAUUGGCCUGGUCAUGGAGAUCGCUCGUACCUCCUUGGUCCACGCGGCGGCUCCCCAUUUUCUGUGGCCGUUUGCUGUCCGGUACGCCGCGCAUCAGCUCAACCUCUGGCCCCGUGUCUCCUUGCCGGAGACCUCGCCCACACUGCGUUGGACGGGGGAGGUUGGCGAUGCGUCGCGCUUCCGGGUGUGGGGUGCUCGUGCCCUUGUCCGCGAUACGUCCGCGGACAAGCUCUCCUCCCGCACGCUUCCCUGUGUCUUCCUUGGCUUUGUCCCUGACGCGCCGGGCUGGCAGUUUUACCACCCCACCUCGCGCCGGGUCUUCGCCUCUCAGGACGUCACCUUUGACGAGUCGGUCCCUUUUUACCGUCUCUUCCCCUACCGUACUGCCCCCCUCCCUCCCCCGCCGCUUUUCCUUGCUCCUGGUCCCCCUCCGGUAGACCCCCUUCCCCCUCAGGGUCCUGCUCCUUCAGGUGUCUCUCAGGUAGACCCUCCUCCCGUCGCUGAGCCUGUCGAGGUCACAGGUGACUCAGGUGCUGCUGCAGGUGGUGCUGCUGGGAGUGCUGAGCCUGCGGGUGCUGGGCCUGGGGGUGCUGGGACUACGGGUGCUGGAGCUGAGGGUACUGUGCCUGAGAGUUCGGCGCCUGGGGGUGCUGAGCCUGGGGGUGCUGCGACUGGGGGUGCUGAGCCGGCGUGUGCGGAGUCUGGGGGUGCUGAGUCUGGGGGUGCUGCGCCUGCGGGUACUGAGCCUGGGGGUGCUGCUACUGAGCCUACGGAGCCUCGGGUUACUGUGUCUGGGGGUGCUCCGGUUCGGGGUGCUGAGCAGUCUCUCACACCACAGCAGCUUCGUGACUGGUACGUCCGGCGCUUUCGCCGUCCUAGUGGCUCGGCUGGAGCUGGGGGUACUGGAGCUGCCGGGACUGGUUGUUCUGGGAGCACUACGACUGGAGCUGCUGGAGCUGGGGACUCUGGAGCUGGCGGCGCUAGCGGAGUUGUAGCUGCGGACCCUGGGGGUGGUGCUGCUGCUGGUGCUGCGGACCCACCUGGUGGAGCUGCUGCUGGAGCUGAGGACCCGAGCGGUGGCGCUGCUGCUGGUGCUGGGGACCCGGACGCUGGAGUCUCUUCUGCUUCUGGAGACGCUGCGCGGCCGCGGCCGUACUUCGUACCGCUCCUUCAGCAGGUUCUUGGGCAGGCUCCUCCUCCUUGUCCUCCUCCCUCCGUAGAGUGUCCUCCGACUGUCCAGCCGCAGUCACAGUUACCGCCUGCCUCGCCUCUCCCUGCUCCCUCUCCUUACACUGGUCCCACAGGAGGUCUUACAGAGCGUCGUGAGCCUGAGUCUCGUCCUGCGUCGCCUGUCCGUACUGCUCGCACUAGUCGUCGUGUCCGUCGUGAGCGUCCUCCUCCUGUCCCCGGCACUCACUACAUGACUCUGCGUCCCUCUACUGCUCCUCAGCGUGUCCCUCUACCGUCUCCUCCUGCGUCCUCUUUACCUGACGUUCCGGACCCUGCGUCUGACCGGUAUCGUGCUGAGCACCCUACUGUUGUCACUGACCCUACAUUUGAGUCCUCGGCUGCGUCUGCUCUGGUCGCUGAGUUGGUUGACUUUGCUGCUGCCUGUCGUCUAGACUACGCUGCUAGCCUGGUUGCUGCGUCUGAGUCUGCGUCUGUCUGUCCUCCGUCCGUCGGGGGUGAGUGUGCUCUUGGCACGGACGUCCUUGAGGACAGGCAGGAGGACUUUGACUCUCUCGCGGCUGCUGUACCUCAUCUCGUGGCCUGGUUGCUUGCCCCUGAGGGAGACCCGGAUGCACUAGACAUCCCCACUCCGCGCACUUACGCAGAGGCGAUCUCGGGUCCCUACUCCUCUCAGUGGCAGACAGCCAUGGACGCAGAGAUGGCAUCCUGGAAGUCCACAGGCACCUACGUCGACGACGUUCCCCCUCCUGGGGCGAACAUCGUCGAUGGCAUGUGGAUUUUUAGGGUGAAGCGGCCGCCAGGUUCUCCGCCUGUCUUCAAGGCUCGUUACGUUGCUAGAGGCUUCAGUCAGCGUCAGGGGGUUGACUUCUUCCAGACCUUCUCCCCCACCCCGAAGAUGACCACUCUUCGGGUUCUGCUGCACGUUGCUGCUCAGCGUGACUACAAGCUUCACUCUCUUGACUUCAGCACAGCGUUCCUACAGGGCAGCCUGCACGAGGAGAUCUGGCUGCGCCGUCCACCUGGCUUUACUGGGUCGUUUCCUCCUGGUACCCAGUGGAGCCUCCGCCGGCCAGUCUACGGUCUCCGCCAGGCGCCACGUGAGUGGCACGACACACUGAGGACUACACUUGCGGCUCUUGGGUUCGCGCCGUCUACUGCUGACCCGUCGCUGUUUCUGCGCACAGACACGUCGCUGCCGCCGUUCUACAUUCUCGUGUACGUCGACGACUUGGUCUUUGCUACUGCUGACACUGAGGCACUCGCUCGUGUGAAGUCGGAGCUGCAGAAGAGACACACCUGCACUGACCUGGGUGAACUGCGUAGCUACCUUGGCUUGCAGAUCACCCGGGACAGAGCUCGCCGCACCAUCACCCUGACUAAGUCACACAUGGUGCAGCAGGUCCUUCAGCGCUUCGGCUUCCAGUUCUCCUCACCACAGGCCACACCUCUGGCUACCAGCCACUCGCUCUCAGCUCCACCUUCGGACGAGUCCGUAGAGCCGAGUGGCCCGUACCCAGAGCUUGUAGGCUGCCUCAUGUACCUGAUGACUUGCACACGACCUGACCUCGCGUACCCUCUUAGCAUCCUUGCUCGUUACGUUGCGCCUGGGAGACACAGGAGAGAGCACUGGGAGGCUGCUAAGAGGGUGCUGCGUUACUUGUGCAGUACAUCAGGCAUGGGGCUGGUGCUUGGAGGACACGACAGAGUUGUUCUCACUGGUCACUCGGACGCUUCUUGGGUGGACGACUUGGCUACGCAGCGGUCGUCGCAGGGUUACACCUUCAGCCUUGGCUCUGGUUCUGUCUCGUGGCGGUCCACCCGUUCUUCUUCUGUUCUCAGCUCUAGUUGUGAGGCUGAGAUCUACGCCACGGCCAUGGCUGCACAGGAGUUACGCUGGCUCACCUACCUGCUGACUGACUUGGGAGAGCGGCCUAGUUCUCCUCCAGUUCUGUACGGCGACAACAAGGCGGCCCUUGCCUUGUGUCAGGAGCACAGACUGGAGCACAGGACGAAGCACAUUGCUCUUCGCUACUUUCUUGCUCGAGAGCUGCAGCAGCGAGGUCAGCUUCGGCUUGUGUACGUGGACUCGAAGGCCAACACUGCUGAUAUCUUCACCAAGGCGCUCCCGCCUAGUGAUCAUCAGCGGCACUGUACUUCUUUAGGCCUUGUGUCCACGUUUCCUCACUUGCUCACUGCUUGA